AUGUUAUAUUUUGUAACUACAAUGGAAAACACAGAAAAAUAUAUUCCAGUUUGUGAAUGCGAGGGUGAAGAUUUUAUGGAAAUUCCGUUGGAGAGCGAUGGUACUCUUUCAACAGCUACAUUAAGUGCAUACUUUCCCGGAGUCACUGGUCUUAAAUUCCGCCUUGAUUCUUAUUCACCAUAUAGAGCUCUAAGGUUGUACGAUGGUAAAUUCCAUGCCCCUGAAGGCAGCUGGACCGGCCAUAAAUUCUAUUGUGUCCAUCCUAAAGGUGUGUGAUUAAAACAUACAACUUACUUAUGGUGGUGUUAAUUAUGUAUUUUAUUUUUAGGUGAUAAAAGAAAACUAGAAGAGUCUGACACCAAACCAUCUAAAGGUUGUCACAAUAUGAAUUGUACAGAUUUGAUUGUUUUGGGUAUACCUUACCAGUUGUCAGAAACUCAAAUGAAAGAAUAUUUUCUACAAUUUGGAAAGCUAGUAAUGGUUCAGGUAUAAAAACAAUUUACAUUGUCUUUUGUAAGAAUAUCACAAAUUAUAUUACACUUUUAGAUAAAACGAGAUGCAUCUGGGAAUUCUAAAGGCUUUGGUUUUAUUCGAUAUGAAGAUUAUAGCGCUCAGGCUAAAGCUCUUGGACAACGCCAUUAUGUGAAUAACCGAUGGGUUGAUGUGAAAAUACCUGCUUCAAAAGUAUUAUAUUUAAUCUUCAUUAAUUUGUAAUUAUUAUGAGUGUAAUCUUCUAAAUAUUUGCCUCAAACACUUUUUUUAAAAAAAAGAUUUUGACAAGUUAAAAGAAAGUUUAUAAUUUAGCAAAGCACAUAAACCUGUAACUAAAACUACCACACAAAUUACUAUUCAAAUAUCAGUACUAUUACAACUUGCAAUUUGGCAUUUUUAUUUUUACACACAGUAUGUUCCAUACAUUUUAAGAUGACCAUUCUAAAAUUAAUACUAGUGUUGAAAUGAUUAUAAAAUUCUAAGAAGUAAUUUGUAUAUUUUGCAAAAAAUUGUUCGUAACCUUUGGCUGUAGUCUCGAGAAGUUAUGGAACGCGCGCACUGUGUAUAAGAUUAUAUAAUCUAAUUUUAAUUUGUAUUCCACAUUUUAUAACAGACUACUGUUUAUGUAAAAUGAUAAAAAAAUGUAUUAUUUUAUUAUGUUUAACUAGGAAGGAUAUUAUUCUAAAGUACCACACAAAAUUUUUGUUGGUCGUCUUACUGAAGACAUUAGUGAACCUGACUUAAGUAAAUAUUUCUCUCAAUAUGGUGAGAUAACUGAUGUGUUCAUACCAAAACCAUUCAGAGCCUUUGGUUUUGUAACCUUUAAUGAUGCCUCUGUAGCACAAAGUCUCUGUGAUGAAGAUCAUAUUGUUAAGGGAGUUUCGCUUCAUAUCUCCGAAGCAAAUCCUAAGUCUGACCAAAGCCGGGUAAUAGUUGUACAUGUUGAUUAUCUUAAUCAAUUUUAAAAUUUAUACUCUUAAUAUGUUUAUACAGGAUAAACAAGUUAGUAGCCAACAACAAUAUAUGAGUAGUGUUCUAACAAAUGGUAUGCUGGCUGCUGCACUUAACCAAGUUGCAUAUCAAACACAACCAAUCCCUUACCAAAGCCAUCGUGCAUAUGGAAAAGUACAAGACUGGAAACGCCGGGGUAAUUAAUGUAGUCUACUAUUUUUAUAGUAAAUUAAUAUGAAUUGUGAUGGUUAAUAAUCGACCAAAGGGACCUUCCUUCCCUUCUUUUAUCCUAGUCAUAUAUAUUAACAGGUUCUCAUUACUUAAACCAAUUUUUUAAUUAUUUAAUUAUUCAUUCACAUUAUAAUUCAUUUAGUAUUAAAAAACUUCAAAAAAUACCUAUACAAAUUAUACAUAAUUGAAUUAUUUAUAUAAAAAUAAAUAAAUAAGUAAGAAAAAUUUAUCCUGAAAUAUUAUUGGUUAAUAAUAAUUUGUAAAUAAAACAACCAGCCAUACUUCAGGCAAUUUUUUUUUACUACAUAUUUAUUUUAUGUAGGUACAUUAAUAUUUAACAUAUAUAUAUUUACAAAUAUAUAUAUGUAUAUUAUUUUAUUUAUCAUUUAAUAUUACAUGUUAAAAAAAUCAAUUGUAACUUAUGAAUGUUAUAUUUUGUGAGUGUUAUUAUAGAUACUGUGUGUUUUAGUUUUUUUUUUUUUUUUUUUUUCAUCAUUUCCCAUUGAAUCACAAUUUAUAAAAUUAGAUUACAUUAGUAUAGUUUUCAACCAAAAUAUUCGACACUACUUUUUGAUGCAAUGUGAGAAUUUUCUAGCAGUUUACGACAUGUGAGCGAGAGCGUGUGGUAUUAAUAUGAUGAUUGAUGGAUGUGUCAGCCUAAACAUCAGUAUUAAAAGGUGAGAAUCCCAUGUUCUGUGUUUUUAAUAUUUGCAUUUAAUUAAAUUAAAUGUUUGCAUUUCACGUGACAAAUAAGAAAAUAAAAGUUAAAUUAUUUUAAGUGUAUGAUUAAACUUUAAUAAUAAUCUAUACUGAAUAUGCAGAUAAAAAGAUUUCAUUUAAGAUUAAACACUUUAAAAAGGAUUUAAUUUUUUAUCAAUAUGUUUUUAUAAAUUGACAUAUAAAAUAUUGGGUAAUUAAUACAAACCUGAAAGAGCUCAAUUAGAAGAACUGGCAUAACAUUUUUUAUCGGAAGUACAGUAACUCGUUUUAAAAAAAUAUUUUAAUUUUAUAAAGAUAUUAUCUGUUAUGUAUUAUUGUAAGAGGAUAUCAUAGUAACACAGAAAAAGUGGUGCUCAGGUCUUUCUUUAGUUAAUAUAAAUAAUUUAUGAUAAAAAAUAUUAGUAUACUAUCUAUUAACUAGUAGUGAUUUUGAUUUAUGAAUACUUUAAUAAAAAUGGAUAACAAUUUUUUCUCUGGGUGCUUAUAUAAUAUUAAUAUUUUUUAAGCCCCAACCCCACUGAGAUUAAUUUGCAUAUACAUUGAAAUUUAUUUUUAUCUGUCAUAUUAUAUUGUAUACCCAACUAAAAAUAAAUACAAACUUAAAAAUAUUUAUAUUCCCUUAAUUUAUAAAAAUGAAAUUAUGUUUUCAAUGUUUAGCAAAUAAUAUUAUUUAGUUAUUAAUAUUUAGAAUUCUCUAUAACUAUACUAAAGUUACACAUAUCUUGACUUCAGUAUUAUUCAAUUAUUAUUAAGAUCAAUGCUUAAAUUUUAAUGAAAGUAAUAAGAUGUAAAACAACAAUUAUGUUUCUAGAAAAUUAAAUUAACUUCUAUUUAUACAAAUUAGAUAGCUACAUUAAAUUUAAAAAAUAUAUAUGUAUAUAUUAUAAUGUCCCACAAAAAUAUACUUAUUGCAAUAUCUCCUGUGAUAAUAAAUAUAAUCAAAUUUUUUUUUGUUUUUUUUUUUUUUUUUUUUAUACAUUUAUAUAUUACUCACAGGUAUAAGGCUACAAAUAUUUUUAUUUUUAAAUUAAAUUUUCAUAUAUUGAUAAAAAAAAACUUGAAAAUAAUAACUUUUUAUUUUAUUAUUUUUAAAAUAUUUUACAGAGUAUAUUCUUUUAAAAAUGUUGAUAUUUUAACUUUUUAUUUCUUUAAAUUUGUAAUUUAUAAUCAUUUUUUAAAGUAAAAAAAUAUAAUUAUACAGCUAACUGUUAUCACAUUUACUAAUUAUUAUCACUAUGACUAAUUGACUACACUUCGCGCCUGAACUUAAAAAAUCACAAUUUUAAUGAAAAUUAAAAGUUAAUAUUUCAAAAUUUUCAGAAGAAUAAAAUAAAGUUACUUUGAUUUUAAAAAAAUUUGUUAAAACUAAUAUUUGUAGUCCUCAUCUUUGUGAGUAAUAUAUAUAUGUAUAAAAAAAAAAAAAAACAGAAUUUGAUUACAUUUAUUUUUUCCAGAAAUAUUUCAAUGAGUAUAUAUUUGUGGAACACUAUAUGAUUCUCAAAUCACUAAUUCAAGUACUAAUUGUUAGUCAAGUCACUAAUUGUGAUAAACUAUUUAUUUUUUUCAUUAACUUAAAAAAAGUGAUUAAAGAAUUCACUAUGUUGUCCAUCCCUAACACAAUUGUUAUUACAUUAUACAAAAUUUAUUUUAAAUUAAUUUCUGUAGUGGUCUAGUUUACCUUUGCUAUGCUGUAACAUACUUUAUUAUAUAUUUUUUAUUUUACAGAUUAUACAAAUUCCAAAACCUCAAGUGAAAUUUCUUUAUAA